AUGAAGUUUAUAAGUUACACCAUACUGGCAGCAUGUAUCUCUGAGGUGCUGGGUGGCAGCGGAGCCCUUGGAGCUUACGACAAACAAUCAAGCUCCAAUGUCGUAAAUACUUCCAAUUCACCCUCUGCGAGUCAGACCUUGAAAAUGGUACAUACCAGCAACGUGGAAGGUAGUUCUGCAGCGAGUUCUGCAGCAAGCUCCACCACUCCAGCCACUACAACGGUAGAAACAACAUCAUCAACAAGAGGGGACGACCCUGUCACCGUUAUUACGACUCAAAACUCUGCUGGCGAAACCUACACUUCGACCGUUUGGUGGACAAAUACCGUUUCGGAAUGGUGGACUCCUGUCAGUGAAUUGACUAUUUCCCCCACAUGGAGUAGCGAUUCUAGUAAAUCAUCCAGAAGCUCCUCAACGGCGUCUGCUAGCUCUUCAAGCUCUGCGAGCAUCAAAAACGUGACCAAUGCCGCUGCUCGUACAGAUUACGGGACUGGCCUGCGGGCUGGCGCAUGGGCUUUGGCCAUCGGUGCCAUUGCCCUUUAG